AUGACUAUACAGCAAACGGUUUCGUCCUCUGUUGAACAAAUAUCAUCCAAUGCACCAUUGCAACCAGAAACGACAAGUAUCAAUGAGAGUGAAAUGCCAGAGUUAGUAUCGUAUAACUUUCCUCAUUCUGCCACCUUCAAGAUCAACAGCAAUCGACGAAGUGUAAUGGAGAAAAAUGUUAAAGACGUUAUUUUUCGACUUUACGAUGACGAAAACAACAUUAUUAUUCGGGCAGUGCCAGAACAUUCAUCAUGCAACAUAACAGACAGUGACGAAGCAAAUGACGCCUCACGCUUCGAAUUUCAACCGCACGAUGUGAUUAUCAUGCAGCUGGGUGGCACUGGCGGUGGUAAAUCUUCUAUUUGCCAAGGUCUCACUGAUAAUUUGAAUUUUCAUAUAGGAACGGAAAAUGGAACCACCAUUGUGUCUCGUGCUGGUUUAAUUCAAAACCAUAACAUUGAAGGUAUUCGCUUGGUACUCAUCGAUGUUCCCGGACUCAUAGAUAAAAAAGCUCUCAGUGGGUUCAAACCUACUUAUGAGAAGAUCUUGGAUUUACUCAUAAAAGGUGUACGAGAGUCCAACUUAGACAAAUACAAGAAUGAUUCUGAUGAUAAACUUCGCGAAAUCGUUAAGAAACGAAUCAUUAUCGUACGAAACAAAUCGGAUCAUAUAUACGAUCACAAGAAUCCUGAAGCCAAAAAGCGCGCAGAAGAAGCCGACUGCCUACUCAGCAAGAAGGGACAAAGUGAUUUUAGUGAAGAGGCGAGACAGCGUUUAACUAGAAAAGAAUAUCUUGAGACGAUCAGUAAAUUAAGGGUCACUAGUAUUGAUAAAGUCCGUGAACAUGCAGAUGAAUUGAUCACGCAACUGGACGAUCGGCAUUUACGCGAUUCCAUUCGUAAAAAGGCAAGCGAUAUCGGUAGUGAUCGAAUCCAACAACGUCACAAAGCGGAACAUGUGCUUAUAAUAAUGUUUGCUAACAUACCGAACGCAAUUCGUUGUUCUUGGUACACAAUGAACAGAAAAACUUGGAAAAUUGGCUGUGGAAUAGAUAGGAAUUUGAAGCGAAAAGUUUCUCUGCAUGAACAUCCAUUAUCAAUGUGCAUAGGGUGCAAUACAAAACAGCGUUAUAUUUGUGACGUUUGUGAAUCAAAAACAGACAAAGGAGAAUUUUUGCAAGUAUGGUGGUAUUGCAAGGAGACAGGUUGUCGAAAUGCAGAGGGAAAGUGGUACGUCGUACAUGGAGAAUGUGCUGAAAUCUACGAGGAACAAUGUGAAAACAGAUCGUAG